AGGAGAGGAGAAGAGAAGAGGUUUGCGGUCUGAAGAUCAGGAGAGCCCAACGUUGUCAAAGAUGCCUCGCGAGAAGAAAGAUGUGCGUCGGAGUGCGUCCAUCAUUCCCUGCUUCCUGACCAUAGAGCUGCUGAUCAUGGUUGGGAUGGUGCUGCUGACGUACUACUUUGAGUACACAGACACAUUUGCUGUACACAGACAGGGCUUCUUCUGCUACGACAGUGCCUACAUGAAGCCCUACCCUGGGCCAGAGGAGACCAGUGUGCUCCCACCGGUCCUGCUGCAGUCCUUGGCUUCAGCCAUUCCCAUGGCAACAAUCGUUCUGGGCGAGCUGGCUGCCUUUGCCUUUCAGGCGGAGUUUGUACGUCAUGAGCGGACGAUCGUGACCGCUGAAUGCUGCACGCUCAACCCUCUGGUCCGCAGGGUGAUCAGGUUCUUGGGGGUUUACACCUUUGGACUCUUUGCCACGGAUAUAUUUGUGAAUGCAGGGCAGGUGAUCAUGGGAAGCCCAGCGCCACAUUUCCUCACUGUCUGUCGACCCAACUAUACGGCUCUGGGCUGCCACCAACCCACGCAGUUCAUCGCUUCCCCAGAAGCCUGCACUGGGAGCCCAAGCCUGGUGUCCAACGCCCGACGAGCCUUCCCCUGCAAGGAUGCGGCCCUCAGCAUGUACGCUGCCAUCUACACUGUGAUGUAUGUCACCAUUAUGUUCCGGGCCAAGGGGACACGGCUGACCAAGCCAGUGGUGUGUCUAACCCUCCUGUGUCUCACCUUCCUCACCGGCGUGGUGCGCGUGUCCGAGCACCGCAACCACUGGUCAGACGUGCUGGUGGGAUUCGUCACCGGGGCUGCCGUGGCCAUGUUUUUGGUAUGCUGCGUGGUCCAUAAGUUUAAAGGGAAGAACCCAGUUUGCAAGAAGGUGGCGAAUGUGCCGAAACCUGCCUGCGUGAUGCUGGCCUUGCCCUGUGUGGAAAGUCCACUAGAAAAAAUCGUCCAGCUGAAUUCCCAGAAGGAACAUGAACGCUCCUCGUGCUUCUUCCCCUCGACGCCGGAUGUGUUGAUCGCCACUCGGUCGGUGAUGAGCGAGGUGUGAAGCCCAUUCGGACGGAGCCCAGUGUGUGUGUACAGCUUUGCAUGAAGAGCACUCUCACUCCUGUAGAGUCUAGUGUUUGUCAGAUUAGUAGGAACAUUCCCCUGUGCUGCUGUCACCUGUAAGUUUCUGUUCUUCUCCUCGACCCUCUGUGCAGCACAAACGCCAUCUCUCGGAGCAAGCGCAAGACCCCAGUAGAUGUUCGGCAACUGGUAGACCAGUCGGUCUUGCUGUUCCCACCGCCACACGGAGAUGUAGGUUGUAACUGGUCCUGGAGCUGGGAGAGUCGCCACUUCUGUCACCGCAACUGGAUUAGGGAAGACUUCUCCGCACUUCGCCAGCCUGGGGUCUUCCAACAGAUGGGCUCCGAUCUUCAAUGCUGGAACCUUGCAGUGUUCUUUCAACCCUCAACGGACUGUGCGAAUAAGCAGAGGUACCUUCUCAACGUUGGGUGGGUGCUGCUGUAGGGAUCUCCUGGACCUCAGGUCAGGAGUGUAUGAGAUCACCUGGAUGUUCUUGACCAGGUGGGCACCAUCUGGUGAGGACUGGCACGGCGUCCAGGAGGGUCGCACGGGUUGGUCAUCAGAUGGAGGCCUCCAGACAUUGGGUGGAAUAUUGGCUUGAACCAGAUUGACAUGAAUGCAGAUCAUCUAUGGACGUCAGAUGGGGACUGUCUAAACUAGUUGGAGAACGUCUGAACUUCAGUGGCCAUCUCAUGGACCUUGGGUGUCGGCUGUCUGGGCUGUGCAUGAGGAUAAUCUGGAUAGAGGAUAGGAUCCAUUGGGACAUUGGUAUAAGUAGGGAUUGAAUAUACAUUGGGUGGAAACUACCUGGCCUUUUGGUGGGAACUCCAUCUAGACUUUGGGAAUGGAGUAAUUGGACAAAGUGUGAGGUUUGACUGGUAUGGAGCAUCUGGGCACCAUCUUAACACUUGGUGAAGGAGCAGAAGUCAAAGGGUGGGGAUUGGCUGAACGUCUAGUGGUGACCAUCUAGGAUAUUACCAGACCUCAGUGUAAUAGGAUGCUCAGAGUUUAAUGCAACCAGUGACAUGCUCCCCUCAAAUGCCAUGGGUCGGCCAAGUGGUUGGUCGAGGUAUGGAUAGGCUGCUGAUUGGAGAUUGCAAUCCUCAGUGCAACACAAUUGCAUGAAGAUCUCGGGGAAUGUUCCAGAGAGAUUUCGCCUCUUCCAGUAACUUGUGGAAACGGUGUAAUGAUAUCUACAGGGUCACCAGAAUGAACCAGUCGGCGAUUGUUACUUUGGCAAACUUUGGUGUGUAAUAGGGGAGAUCUUCUCCGAGCAGAAAUGGGAUUUUGCUCCAAGUCUUUGAGCUGGCAAAAGGGCAGUUUUCACCCAGGAGUGACAGAUACCCACGGCACCUCUCGGCUGCCAAUGCCAUUAUCAGUCGCUGGGUCAAGCAACUAUGGCAGUGAAUGGGGCAGAAUUGGUGCAAACAGCGGGGAGAAGGUCAUUCUGAAAUGUCCCUCAGAAAUGAACAAAUCCUCUGGUGGUUCAGUAUCUGACCGUUCCCUGCCCGGCUGCAGAAUAUGAAUCUUCAUUAAAUGUUGAAAUACUUUUACGGUUGGGGAAGAAAAAAAAAAAAGCUACGUGGUGUUUGUUUGGAUUCAAUUAAUAAUAUUAGAAUAAAAUGCAUGAUCAUUUCA